UCGCAACCAUCUCCAAUGUCUGGAAUCCGGUAAGUAUCACAUUCUCCUAUCACCGAAGUCCAAUCACUGAUCUCUGUCCAACUCGUAUCAAUAGUCUCCAGUCUGAAGAAGAAGAAGAAGAAGAAGAAGAAGAAGAAGAUCCGAGAGGGGCAGAGGAGAGGUGGAGAUGGCGAGUCAGCGCCCAGGCUCCUACCUGCGGAUGCAAGCUGGCACCUUGCCGCUGUCGAAGACUGGCCCGCGCCGCCGGAGCUAUGGCGCUCGCGAUGUGGCCAUCAGCGUUGUGUAUGUGGAGCUCUUGGGAGCUGAGAGGGGAAAGGGGCUUAACGGCGAGAAAGAUGUGAUUCUGUCAGGCCUCUCAAACGCCAGGAAGGCAACUCCUGUUCCAGUACUCGAGAAUACUAUGUUAGGAGUCAAACAGGUAGACAAUGUGGAGGUUGGCCUGUUGGAGGCUUCUCUUCUGUCCUUUCCUGUUGCACCACCAGUUCAUUCGGAGUUGACAUCAGAACCGGCAAAGGAGGACAUUAAGGUGGAGGUAGUGACAGAGCCCCAGAAAGUGUCGGUGAUGAUGGAGGAGCUUGGGAAGGCUAGCGAUGCUAUUGAGGCGACCUCAGGGGCCCCUGAACCUGCUGGUCCCAAGGACCCUGAGCCCCCAAGCUGGGAUGAUCCGGACCUGGACCGGAUGGUUAGGAUGCCAUUGAGAAUUGGCAUUGCGAUUCACAGAGCGGUUCAUGACAUUGAUAGAGUGGCGGAACACAGCAGCUCACCAUUGUCACCGGAUUCCGGGACAGGCGGUGAAGAUGGGUCUGAUGUUUGUGUGGGAGGUGGUGGGGACCAAGGAGAUGGAGAGGGAGAUGAUGGGGAGGUGCCCUCUGCCCCGGUUCUGAUAUUUAUCAAUUCCAGGAGUGGGGGGGGGUUGGGAAGGAGGCUGCAAGAACAGUUUGUGAAGAUGGUAGGCGAAGCGCAGGUGUACGAUUUGGGAAAGGGUAAGCUAACCCCUAAUAAAGUCCUCUUCCGUGUAUUUCGGUGCCUGGAUGGCAUGGCAGGGAGAGGCGACAAGCUCGCUCUCCUUGUGAGGGAUAAGCUACGUGUGGUUGUUUGCGGUGGUGAUGGCACUGUGGGCUGGAUUCUGGGAGCAAUUGCGAAACUCGGGAGGGGUCAAGAACCACCACUUGCUGUUGUGCCUCUGGGGACGGGAAAUGAUCUUUCUCGCACCUUUGGAUGGGGUCCUACCUAUAGCGAAACAUCAUUUCUGGCAUUGAAGCAACUCCUAUUGAGAGUUGCGGAGGCGCGCCCAUCGUUUCUUGACAGUUGGGAGCUGAGAAUCACCUGUCCUGCAGUGAGGCUCUUCAAACCUCCGGACUCGAUGCAAGAAGUUGCGGUGCUGGAAGCAGAUGGGGAAGAGGGACCCAGAAUUCAAUAUGGGUGUCGUUUCUGGAACUAUCUCAGUGUGGGCAUGGAUGCACAGAUUGCAUACGGAUUUCACCGACUUCGGGAGUCGAAUCGCUGGCUGGCAAGUGGCCGCUUGAUCAACCAGGCAAUUUAUGGUCACUACGGAUGUACGCAGGGGUGGUUUUGCGGCAACCCAAACCAGGGAGAAGCAGCCCGACUGAACUGCGUUAUGUCUCUUUCGGUUAUGAAAAAGGAUGGGAGCUGGGAGCUGCUGCAAAUCCCGGCAAACAUCCGUGGCAUCGCCUUCCUGAACCUUCAAAGCUAUGCAGGCGGAAGAAAUCCUUGGGGAUCGCCUCCGCCAGAGAAAAUGGAAUUGAGGGGUUUCUCACCCCCUUACGUUGAUGAUGGGAUCUUUGAGAUUGUAGGUUUUCGAAGCGGGUGGCACUUGAUGAUGGUAAUGGGUUAUUUAUCACAUGGGAAACGGUUAGCGCAAGCUAGAGCGGCAAGGAUCGAGUUCACUUUUGACCAUCCCGGGAGAGUGUAUAUGCAAGCAGAUGGGGAGCCAUGGCGGCUGCCAGUGGACCCUUUCGAUUCAACAGUUGUAGAAAUCACAAGGAAGGGAAGUUCAAUGCUCUUGAAAACACCAGAUUCGAAUGCGAGAACCAGCUUGGACGCAGCGGCGCCCACCUCUGAAUCACAGGAGAACAGAUUUGUCAGACACGAGGAGGCAGCUUUGGCAUUUGGCAGUUGUUGCACUCCUAGUCAGCAAUCUUUGUUCGGACCUAGCGUAGGGGCUGGCCUGCCAUUUGCUAGCACCGAUUCAGAGUCAUCUGACAAUACAGAUGAGCAGGUGAGGCAAGGUCGUAUGCAGGAGAGUGCAGCCAAUGGGUGGGGGACGCGUGGAAGGGGUGAAAGCAGUGGUGAGAUCGUGAAUAGCGGGGAUCUAGGGGGUUGGGACGAUGAUGAUGGGGAUGCGAUGGAAAUGGGUGGGUGGCUGGAAGGGCUUGAGCGGACAUGGUUGGCGAUGACAUCAGUUGCAUGUGCGAGCAACAACCAGAGACACAGGAGCUCUAGUGAGUUUGUUGUCAAUGAAGCAGAAGCUGGUGCCGGAAGUGUGAGAAGUAGCCCAGACGUAGCAGCGGUAAGCAGUCCUGUCGAGGAUGAUGGCGAAACGGCGGUAAUUGGAGGUGACAGCAUCAACCAGAGACACAGGAGUUGCUGCGGGUUUGUCAUCAGUGAAACGGAAACUGGCGCAGAAAGUCUGAGAAAACACCCAGAAGAUGCGGCGGCGAGCAGUCCUCAGAAGGAUGGUGACGAAAAGGCUCAUAUUGGAGGUGACCGGUCCGCGGAGGCCAGUGAUUGCAGGUAUCAAUCUGGAUUGUGUGCAGAGGCAGAUUUGCGACCUGAAGAUCUGGACCAGGAACCUGAAGGAACACCCUCCAGGGACAAGGGUACAAAGCAGGCAGGCCACAGUUGUAAGUGUCACCAACAGAUAGAGCUAGAGGACAGAGGGGCGGUAGAAGGACUCCUGACAAGAAUAGCAAGGGAGGAAAGGAGCUUUGACUUAAGCUCGGGUGGGUGCGCAGGGGUAAACAACUCUUCUGACUAACAGUUGGUUGCUUUCGAUUAGGCGUGUCCAUUUGAUUAGCUAAUUUAAUGUCACGAUUCUUUUAAUUUGUGGGGGGGGGAGGGGGGAUGGUUCCCGGAACUUGUACUGUAAAUGUGCUGUUUGGAAAACAAUAUACGCCUUUAAAUGGUCUUUCGUAUUUUCGCAGAGUUUCGAGCGAUUGUGUGCUGUCUGACGUCCUGUCGGACAAGUUUGAAGAGGACGAGCGUCUCUGACAUUCAUAGAAGUCUGGUGCUCCGAUGGAGGAUCCGAAAUAAACUCUUGCGGAGGAGAGUGCGACAGUGAUCAUUGGGGGCGAAGGAUGCAGCAGGUAGGUGACCACAACGGAAACAAACACUAAGUGGCGACAGCGAUCUCGCGCGACCCUCAGUUUUUCCCAUUCAUCAUGAACUUUUGUCUGAGAGAGUUAGAACUUCCCCUUUGCAAUAACGGGACCUCCCCGCCGCUUUUGAGUCUAUUCUGAUCUGCUUGCGUCCCUUUUGGCUCCCAUCCCAUGCCUGUGUCAUCUCAGCUCUCAAAUUCUCAAUGCCUCUCAUUCCUUUCAUGCAAACCCAUCUUCUUCCGUUUACCUUAGCUGCUCGAUUUCGUCUUCCGGGCAUCUUUUGCCGUUGGCCGUUAUCGAGACCUACGAUCCACAGUAGGCUUUUAGCAGAAUCAAUACGUAGCAAAGGGGUCCCCCAUCUUGGUGCAGGUAACAUGGAGUGGCACCUGGCAAAGCAUGCUCCUUUGGCUGAAAUUGGGCGUGCAUUUGAGUUUUCCGAGGUUUGCCAGGAAGUAGGAAUGCUCCUCCGUAGACUUUGUCCUGGUGCCUUUCUUCAUAUCUAUCGCGUUGUACACACAUUUUUUCAUGUCAAGCAUAAGGAGGGAUGUCGAGGAAGGAGCUGAACGAGGUGCGGAACUAGGUGUGGAACUAGGUGUGGAAUGAGGCGUGGAAUGAGGUGCAGAAAGACACCACCGACAGGGAUGGCACGACAAGUCGACGACUCGACACUUAUGGUCUUCUGUCUACAUCUGAUAGAAGAUGCGGGUCAUAUGAGUGGUAAUGUGCGAAGGAAAUCAAGUUUUUCGCGUUGUGGAUUCUGGCGCUCCAACGCUGCAUGUUGUGAGUGGCAGCUGCACGAGGCCAUCUUUUUGCUUUUUCCGUCCUCGUGUUUUGUUUCCCUCCAUCCGUUAGCCUUUCUGAUCAUCUGAUUUUAUCUGAUGACGAGUUGAAGAGAUUAUUAGGGAAUCAAGCUAUAAGUGCAGC